AACCGACCUUAAACCAUCUUGCCUGAACAUACCAUUUGGUUUACAAACGGAGCUUUGCCCACUUUCUUUAAAAAGUGACAGUCUCCUGCUGAUAGCAAGCUAAUUUCCCUUGACUCUCAGAUAAACCUUCUAUCAUCUCUGUCAUUGCCUGAGCAGCUUGAUCACUACCCCACUCCUCACAAUGGCUGACGGUCUUGGGGCUGUUGCGCAGCUCCUUGAGGCAAGUUUGGACCCAAGGCAAAACAAGCAAGCCGAACUUGCUCUCCGCCAGGAGGAGAAAAAGCCGGGCUUCUCUUUGCAGCUUCUCCAAAUCACUGCAUCUGCUACCUACCCUUAUACUACCCGCUUGGCUAGUUCGCUUUGCUUCAAGAACUUCAUCAAGAGGAACUGGACCGACGAGGAUGGAAAUUACAAGCUCCAAGCGGACGAGGUUGCCACGAUUAAGCGGGAAUUGAUCAGUUUGAUGAUCUCCGUGCCUGCAGGCAUCCAAAGCCAGCUCGGAGAAGCUGUCAGCGUGAUCGCUGAUAGUGACUUUUGGGAGAGAUGGGAUACUCUCGUGGAUGAUCUUGUUUCCAGGCUCCAACCGACCAACCCCACUGUCAACAACGGCGUUCUCCAAGUCGCGCACUCAAUCUUCAAGAGAUGGAGACCAUUGUUCCGGUCGGAUGAGCUGUACAGUGAAAUCAAUCACGUUCUCGAGAGAUUCGGCAGUCCCUUCUUGGCUCUGUUCGAGGGCUUGGAUGCUUUCCUCCAGCAAAACACUGCCAACAAAGAAAAUCUCAUCCAGGGAUUUACCCAGCUCAACUUGAUGGUCAAGUUGAUGUACGACCUCUCUUGCCACGAUCUUCCACCAAUGUUUGAAGAAAAUAUUUCAGGGAUAGCUUCACUUUUACUUAAGUACCUCACAUACGAUAACCAACUGCUGCACACCGAUGAUGACACCGAAGCCGGGCCAUUGGAGUUCGCCCGCGCCGGGAUCUUCCAAGUCUUGACUCUUUAUGUCCAGAAGUACAUGGAUGAGUUCAAGCUUCAUGUCGGCCAAUUUGUCGAAAGCUCCUGGAACUUUCUGACCACCGUUGGGCAGGAGACCAAGUACGACAUUCUGGUUAGCCGAGCUCUGCAGUUCUUGACUUCCAUUGCUGGCAUGUCUGAGCACGCAGUUGUCUUCCAGGCGGAAGGCACACUUGGCCAGAUCAUCGAGAAGGUCAUUUUGCCCAACGUUAGCUUGCGCGAAUCCGACGAGGAGCUUUUCGAGGAUGAGCCCAUCGAGUUCAUCCGUCGUGACCUUGAGGGUUCCGACAGCGAUACCAGACGCCGUGCCGCCACCGACUUCUUGCGUCGGUUGUCGGAGAGAUUCGAAGAAUCCGUCACUACUGUUGUCCUCAAGUAUACGGAGCACUACCUUGCGGAGUAUGCCAAGGAUCCUGCUUCGAACUGGAAGGCCAAGGAUACCGCCACUUAUCUCUACUCCGCAAUCGCAGCCAAGGGACUUGCCACUGCCAGCCACGGUGUAACAGCCACGAACUCGCUCAUUAGCAUCACCGAUUACUUCCAGAAGCACCUUGCUGCCGAUCUUGUAAACAGUGAGGGAGUCCACCCAAUUCUCAAGGUGGAUGCCAUCAAGUAUUUGUACCUCUUCCGGAGCAUCAUAACCAAGGAACAGUGGCAAGAGGUGCUUCCUAUGCUUGUCAACCAGCUUGGCUCUUCGAACUUCGUUGUGUACAGCUACGCCGCUAUUGCUGUCGAGCGAGUUCUUUACCUUGCCGAUGCCCAGGGCCAGCCAAUCAUCGCUCCUGGCACUAUCACUCCCUUGGCCAAGGAUCUACUAGAACACAUUUUCUCCCUGAUUGAAAAGGACCCCGCUCCCGAGAAGGUUCAGGAGAAUGAGUUCCUGAUGAGAUGUGCCAUGAGGGUUCUUAUCGUCAUCAAGGAGGGUGUUGUUCCCCACACCGACAGUGUCCUCCAACACCUGAUCAACAUCACGACUGUGAUCAGCCGCAACCCCAGUAACCCUAGGUUCUAUUACUUUCACUUCGAAGCUUUGGGUGCCUUUAUCCGUUUUGCCGCCCCCAGCAAUCCGGAGAAACUCGAGCAAGCUCUUUACACGCCUUUUGCUGAAAUUCUACAAGGUGACGUUCAAGAGUUCAUGCCUUAUAUCUUCCAGCUUUUUGCCGCUCUCCUCGAGGCCAAUCCUUCCGGAACCUUGCCGAGCUAUUACCAGAACCUGAUUGGACCUAUUCUCAUGCCUGUCAUGUGGGAGUCGAAGGGUAACAUUCCGGCGCUGGUGCGGCUGUUGUCCAGCAUUAUUCCUCGUGGUGCUGAGUACAUCAUCCAAAAUGACCAAGUUGCACCUAUCCUUGGUAUCUUCCAGAAGUUGCUCUCCACCAAGACCAACGAGGGUUAUGGAUUCGACUUGUUGGAGGCGGUCGUUACAGGAUUCCCUCCUGCGACGCUUGAGCAGUAUUUCGUCUCCAUCAUGCAGGUCAUCCUCACUCGUCUCCAGAAUUCGAAGACUGAGAACCUUACUAUUCGAUUCGUUCGUUUCUUCCACUUUGUCUCUGCACAGGACGAGAAGGGCUACAGCGCCGACUUCUUCAUCCAAGUGGUCGACAAGGUACAACCGGACCUGUUCACGCCUAUCUACUUGAACAUCAUUCUUCCAGAGACGCAGAAGCUCGCCCGUCCCUUGGACCGCAAGACUGCAGUGCUGUCAUUUACCAAGACUCUGGCUAACUCGGAGGCAUUUGCUAGCCGCUAUAAGAAGGGAUGGGCUUUUACCUGCGAGGCUCUUCUCAAACUUUUGGAGCUUCCUCCUCUUCCUGCGAGCAAGGACGACAUUAUUGCUGAGCAUGACGUCGAGGACAUGGCAUUUGGUGUCGGUUUCACCGCGCUGAACAGCAUCCGGCCCGUGCCUCGUGAUCCUUGGCCCGAGACCGGUGCUGAUCUUAAGGUCUGGACGGGCAAGUACCUGAAGGAAGCGGACGCCAAAUCAAGUGGCCGGAUAUCUGGCUUCGUUCAAGAGCGUCUAGGUGAGGAUGCCAAGCGCGUGCUCACCAGUUACAUCGCAUAAGCAACUUCGACUUAGGUUGUCAUCCUAAGUCUGGGUACUUUGCUGGCGUCCCUCAAACUUUUGCGUAUUCCCCUUGAAAUAAACCAUGGAGAGGAAAUAGUAUGUGGGAGCAAGCAGCUCUCCGUAUGUCCUGAUGAACUAUAAAUGAACAUUUUUAAUCUGCUAUAAUGGUUAUAUUUAAUUCAAUCUGUAUGUG